ACCAAGAGAAGAAGCAGAAGAAGAAGCAGUAACAACAACCAGACGCUCAGCUCGUCUCACAGGGGGAAUGUACACUUCUUUUUAACUUAUUGUACUACCAGUCGGACUGUACCCAGAACCAGUGCGCUGCUCUCCACACUGUGUCUGCCGUGUUUACCUGGAAGGAGUCUUUUAGCAUCCACUGUGUGUGUAUGUGUGUGUGUGUGUGUGUGUGUGUGUGUGUGUGUGUGUGUGUGUGUGUGUGUGUAGACGUCUGGUGUUUUUUUUUAAAAGUAUUUUUGGUGAGAACUUGCAGGCUGUGACAUUUGCUGACACAGCACACCUGAGAUGAGCUGAGGACAAUAGGAGCUUCACUGCACACUUUGUCAGGUGAUGAGCGUUGGGAGGCUGUAGCUGAAAGUCUGAGGCAUCAUGGAGGACGACUGCAGGCCUCUGCUGAGCUCCGAGCAGACGGCAGAGAGCUACUCCCAGAGAGGCUCCACGGACUCCCUGGACUUCAAGGCCAAGAGGCCUUUUUACGUGGAGCCCCGGAAUAUCGUGGAUGACGUCCCGCAGGAGAGGGUCUCCGCUGAGGCGGCCAUCCUCAACAGCCGGGUGCACUACUACAGCCGGCUGACGGGCUCCUCUGACAGAGUGCUGAGUCCGCCCGACCAUGUGAUCCCGGGCACAGAGGAGAUCUACAUCUACAGCCCACUGGGGACAGCUUUCAAGGUGAAAGGCAGCGACUCCUCCUCUAAAAACCCCAGUAUCAUCACCAUAUUUGCUAUAUGGAACACAAUGAUGGGGACAUCUAUACUCAGCAUACCGUGGGGGAUAAAGCAGGCGGGUUUCACUUUGGGAAUCCUCAUCCUCAUCUUCACCGGCCUGCUGAUGCUCUACUGCUGUUACAUCGUCCUCAAAUCACCAAAGGCUAUACCCUACAUGGACACGUCGGACUGGGAGUUCCCGGACGUCUGUCGGUACUACUUUGGAAAGUUCGGCCAGUGGUCCAGUUUGGUCUUCUCCAUGGUGUCUCUCAUAGGAGCCAUGGUGGUCUACUGGGUCCUCAUGUCCAAUUUCCUCUACAACAGCGGACAGUUUAUCUACAACUACGCUCACAACGUCAACAUGUCAGAUUCAGAGUUCGGGACGAACGGCUCGGAUAAAGUCAUCUGUCCCUUCCCCAACACGGACCCUGGAGGGAACUUCACCGUCAGCACUGUGUUCCUCACCACCAGUGGGAAUGACACUACUGACACCACUUUUGAGAACUGGUGGAGCAAGACCAACACCAUCCCCCUGUACCUCGUCAUCCUGCUGCUGCCGCUGCUCUGCUUCCGCUCGGCCUCCUUCUUCGCUCGGUUCACCUUCCUGGGAACCAUCUCAGUGCUCUACCUCAUUGCACUGGUCACCAUCAAAGCUGUCCGCCUCGGCUUCCACCUGCAGUUCCACUGGUUUGACUCCACCCAGUUCUACGUGCCAGAGUUCAGGACGCUUUUCCCUCAGUUCACUGGCGUCCUCACGCUGGCCUUCUUCAUUCACAACUGCAUCAUCACGUUAAUGAAGAGCAACAAGCACCAGCAGAACAAUGUGCGGGACCUGUCUGUGGCCUAUAUUCUAGUCGGGCUCACGUAUCUGUAUGUGGGGGUGCUGAUCUUCGCUGCCUUCCCCUCACCUCCUCUCUCCAAAGACUGCAUCGAACCAAACUUCCUGGAUAACUUCCCCACCAGUGAUGUGAUGGUGUUCGUAGCCCGGACCUUCCUGCUGUUCCAGAUGAUCACAGUCUACCCCCUGCUGGGCUACCUGGUGCGGGUCCAGGUGAUGGGCCAGAUCUUUGGCAACCAUUACCCCAGCUUCUUCCACGUCCUGGCGCUGAACAUCUUAAUCGUUGGAGCCGGCGUCCUGAUGGCCAAGUUUUAUCCAAAUAUCGGAUCCAUCAUAAGGUUCUCUGGAGCAACAUGCGGCCUGGCUCUGGUGUUCGUCUUCCCAUCAUUGGUCCACAUGAUCUCCCAGAGGAGGCAGGGGCUGCUCCGCUGGCCCUCAGCGCUCUUCCACAGCUUCCUCAUCGUGCUGGGCCUGGCCAACCUGCUGGGUCAGUUCUUCAUGUGAUCGCAGACACGGCAGGCAAGAGGACAAGGACAUGAGAGACCUCUGAAAUUGGGAGUGCUUACCCACACACAGUGCUUACCCACACACAGUGCUUACUAUCCCACUAAAUAAUGUACCGGAUGAACCUCAGCAGCCUUAGAUGUAAUGUCCGUUUCUGUGGUAGAAAAUGACCGUUGUGAUUUAAAGAAGGCGUCCGGAAACCUUUUUCUUGGAUUGAUUAUUUUUUUUAUUUCCACACGUAAUCCAGGUAUUUUUAUGAUAACAUCUCCCUUUUUUUGAUCAUUUCCUUCAUGAUUAUUCCAACCUGCAGCUCUUUUUGAUUCACUUCCACACCUGUAAACACCACUACUCUACCUGUCCCGCACCAAAGAGUCAAAAUCUGGAGAGAGUGUUGGACUUUUACCGAUCAGAUGGACAGAGACUUUGCUCCAAAUGAAUCCUCAUGUUGCUCUAUGUCUGCUGGAUGUGGGAAUAAGGACCUGUUUGCUUCAUCAUGUCAGCUUAAAGUGUGCCGAGUCAAUGCUGCUCUCACACACGUGUUACUGCAGGGUCUACUGUGUUACAAAAGUGGAUCACCAGCCAGAUGCUCUGUGUCCUCACGACUCGCUUUGGGAAUCCUCUCUCGCUGUUUUUAUGCUUUUUUGAAGAAACGUCUGGUACAGACUUUUAAUUUUUAUGAGCAUUGUUGUUGAUUUACAUGUUUGACAUGUUUACAUAAUCCCUCUUUUCUAGAUACGGCCUCUAAUGUGUUAUAUUUUACUAAUGAUAGGAUAGACAAAGGGAAUAUGUGCGUUUAAAAUAAACCAUCAGUCUGUGAGAACUGUG